UCAGUCACACAAUGUUUGUUUAAAUGUUAUUGUAAUGUUUUUGUCAGGGACGGUUCAGAUGUAGAAGAGUUGGUGUGUUUUGGGGGUUUCCACUGCGGUGAAGCUGCACUUCAGGACGCUUCAUGAAGAGCUUCCUGUAUGUUGUUGCUCAGAAAGCGAUUACCGUGCAAACGCCUGUGCGCUCAGCGUCUGAAGCGUGCCGCGAUGACUGACGUGAUGAUCAGCGCCACACCGAUGGACGACAUGAGGCUCAGUCCCAGCAAAGACCGGCUCACCUUCCAGAUCUUUCCGGAUCCGUCCGACUUCGAGCGCUGUUGUAAGCUGAAGGACCGGCUGCCGUCCAUCGUGGUGGAGCCGACGGAGGGCGAGGUGGAGAGCGGAGAGCUGCGCUGGCCGCCUGAGGAGUUCCUGGUGAGCGAGGAGGACGAGGAGGAGGAGGAGGAGGAGGAGGAAGACCUGCAGAACGGACAGAUGCAGAACUCUCAGCAUUAGAGAGGAUCAGACUGUCUCACACAGCAGCACGUAGAAUAACUCCAUCACACAAAAACACAGAACUUCGAUCUGACGCAAUGAGACACUCGCACUGUUGUGUGUCAGAAGAUUAUUGACUAUCUGCUGUGAGAUGAUGAUGACGAUGGUGUGAGUCUGUCCUGCUCAUUCCUGACAUUUACACGCUUCUCUGAAUAACACACAGAUCUUCUUCCAAAUAACAGCAUAUGCCCGUGAUGUUUGUAAACAAAGGCAUGUGGGUUUUACUGUAAAUAUUCUCAGUUCAAGAUGAAUUACAGGUAAGAAGUCUUUGGCUUUAGUGUGUCCGUCUGCAUCAUCAUCCCUGUGUCUCUUUAUACAACGGAAAUCUGUAGGAAAAUCAUCAUUUGACCGCAGAAGAACUGACCCUUGUGUCUCGUGUUAUGGAUUUUAAAUCUGUCUGUGUUUGUAUCCGUGUUCGUAUGCGCACAUACAUAUAUAUAUAUAUAUAUAUAUAUAUAUAUAUAGAUAUAUAUAUAUAUAUAUAUAUAUAUAUAUAUAUAUAUAUAUAUAUAGAUAUAUAGAUAUAUAGAUGUCAGUGUUUGUGAUCACAGAUCACUUCCCGUCUGUUUGUCGCUCUUCAUCUGUAAAGACUCAGGGAGUUUUCUCUUGUUUUGUAUGUACGCCACUUUCUCUCUGUGACUGACAGAGGCUGUAAAUAAACAAAAGUGCUUUCCCAA